AUGGCGCUGAACAAUUUCCUCUUCGCCCAAUGCGUCCUCUAUUUUCUGGCAUUUUUAUUCAGCUUCAUCGCUGUGAUCCCUCUGACUGAAAACAGCACUGACUUUCAUGGAAAAUGCAUUCUGUUCACCGAGGGCAUGUGGCUGAGUGUCAAUAUCACCAUGGAGAGAGAGCACUUCACGGUGGAUGAGUGGGGGCCGGAGUCUGCCUGCAGGUUCAGUGUAUUCAUUGGGCUCCUCUCAUUGCUGGCGUCUGCUGUGCAGGCCUGGAGGAGCCUCUUCUUCCUAUGCAAGGGCCAUGAGGACUCUUUCUUUUAUGCCUUCCUGAAUCUGCUGAUCAGCUCCUUUGUGGUUUUUGUCAUAUUUAUUGCCAGCACCAUUGUCAGUGUUGGAUUUAACAUGUGGUGUGAUGCCAUUACAGAAAAAGGAAGUCUUCCUCAAAGCUGUGAAGAACUUCAGGACCGAGACCUAGAACUUAAUUUAGAAAACUCAUCUUUCUACGAUCAGUUUGCCAUUGCACAGUUUGGAUUGUGGGCAGCCUGGCUGACUUGGCUGGGAAUUACCAUUCUGGCAUUCUUGAAGGUUUAUCACAACUACAGACAAGAGGACCUCCUGGACAGUCUGAUUCACGAAAAGGAGCUGCUGAUAGGGAAAUCCUCUUCAAGAAAUUCUAUGCAGGAAGAGAAAAGUGGCGUCAUUUAAUUUCAGUGAAUACCGCAGUGAAUGCAACAUGUCUAUAUCACUAGUCAGUGUAAAGUAUUCCUAUCAGUAUUGAUGGUUUCUAGCUGGGUGGAAUCUUGGUGACAGAAAUCUAACCACAAUUCUGUUACAAUGUACUCUAUGCUGAUUGGGACAAAAACAUAAAAUCCUUACAUGGGAGCUGUUUAUGGACAAGAGUGCCUUCUUGUAAUUCUAAAAAUAUAUUAUGUAAGUUGCAUGAAAUGUGCAGAAUGGAAAUGACAUUUGCUUCAUUUGAAGAUGUGCUGAUCUUCUACAUAAAAAUUUAUUUAAAUAUCAACUUUUUUUUCUUAGUGGCUUAAAACUAGCAGGCUGUCUCUUAUAUCAGAAUGCACUUUAUAGUACUAUAUAUAACAUGUUUUACUAAUGUAAGUAUGUAGUAUGUGCAGUGUUGAUCUUGCUGUAUAUUAUUAUUAUUAUUACAUUUCAUGAAUGCGGAAGGCAAAUCUAUAUUGCCAUGGAAUAUAAUAGCUAUAUAUUACAAUUCCUACUAAUAUGACUUCUUAAGUUGAAUAUUGAUGGAUGGGCUCAAAAAAUAGUUUUGCCCUAUAUCUCCCCAUUACAACAAAAAGACCCUGUGAUCUGCAAAGAACACAUCAUUACAUACAAGGCCUGUUCUUGGAUUCUUUGGAUUCAUUAGUAUGGGGCCCCUAAAAGGACUCCUGCUUGUCCCUUUUCAGUGGCAAUCCUGUACAGUAGUUUGCAGACUGCUUUACUAACUAUAACAAGGCAGUUGAGAAAAAAGUGGGGAGCAGACCCUGUGAUCAGCGGGGACCUACAGAUAAAGUGGGGCCUGGAAAGCAUCAGCCACCCCUCCAUAUAAUACACUUGUGUAUAUAGGUUUAUUACUUGCUGUUGGUUGAUGCAGUCAUGGAUCAUAUGCAAUUUUUUUAAUACAGUCCAACUUUAUCAUCGUGCAAGAACCAUAUAAAUAUCACUGGCUUAUACUUAAGUCUUAGAAAAUAUAAUGUUGACACAAUUUACACAAAGUAGCUUUUAUAUUAGUAAGUUUACAUAAAAAAUACCAAAAUGUUCUGUUUAUCAGUUUAUGGACCAAUUAAAUCCUAGAAUAAAACUCUGGUUCCAACAGUUGACCAGUGAUACACCAGA